AGCUGGAGGCCGGGGCUUACCGUCGGUCUGUUGGAGAUUAGAGCGUAAAGUUUAACCUAAAGAAGGUCCUGCAGUCUCUUACAGGCAGGUAUGUGUGGGAGAGAGACAUGUAGCCUCGUAACUGUUAUUAAUGCCGGUAUUACGCUGAUCUCCAGGUAUGCUGCACACAUAAUGCAAAUACAUUAAGAGGAUCUGUGCUGCUGAGUAGCUCCAUAAAAAUAGAAUACCCUUCGAGGAGGCAGACUCUCCCACUGUCAUCCAUCCAAGUGGACAGCCUGCAACUUUAACUCUGGGGUCUGGUACAUUCCUCAAGGAUGAGGAGACUUCUAGUUCAGAUCCUGUGCAUCACUGAGGUUUGGCUGUGUGCUGCUGAUUCUCUUUCUCUGAGUGAAGACAACCUGAAAAAGCUGUCUGCAGCCGGCGAGAGGUAUGUCAACGAGGGGAUAAACAAAUGUCUAACCAGAGUGAAGCAGGUGAAAGAAAAAAUGGAGAAAGAAGAAGAGAAGCACAAAAACCUGAUGGAAGCCCUGAGGCACAGCGGAGAUAAGAAGAGGGGGGCCAUGCAGCUGGCCAGGGAAACGGAGCAGAAGCUCGAGGAGGCCGAGCGGCAGUGUCGAGAUUUAACCAAAUCUUUCUUUGUGGAGUGUCGGCCUUGUCUGGAGGACUCUUGUAAGGCCUUCUUUACCUCUACAUGUCGUCGUGGCUACGCUUCCUUCACCUUCAAGGUUGAGGAUUUUUUUAGGGAAAUGGCCUCCCAGAUUGAGGCCACAGAGCGGAAGAAUUCAGAUCAAUCUUUCUCUGCUGAGAACCAGAUAAAAGAGGAUAAGACAGACAUGGAGCUGCUUCAGGCCGAAGCUUCAUUCGCUCAGAUGCUGUCAAACAUCAGUGACUUGUACGACGACAGCAUCGCUCUGGCGAAGAGGAUGCAGCAUGUACUUGGACCCUCCUUUCUUGAGCUCCAGUCAAGCUCUCUCUCAGCACCACAAGACGGGUCUGGGGAUGGAUUUUUCAAGAGUUUGGGUUUGGAUCACAUGUUUCACUCAGCAAUCGCAUUUGGCAGGGAUGUGAUGGAGGAAUUUAGCUCCACGGUUGAGGACGUCUUUGGAGAGAUUCAAGAAGCUGACGAAUAUUUUCAUCACUCCAACAGAGAAUCGCUCUCUCCGUUUGGGCAGCAUCCAAGUGGGUAUCUGUGCAGAGCGCUCCGCAGACAAGCUUCAGAGUGUUGGCAGCUCCAAAGCUUAUGUGAGACCUGCAGAAACAAUUUAAUAACAGAGUGUCCCCAUUUGCAGCAGCUGCACUCUGAGAUGGAAGAGAUGCACACCCUGCUGAAUGCCUCCCGUCUUCAGUACGACAACAGGCUGCAUUUUGUCCACAGACACACAGCGGACACACUCAGGUGGUUCUCAGACACGAGGGACGAGUGUGGCUGGCUCAACUGGAUGGCCAACGUCUCAGGGCUUCAAGACAACAUCUUCAGGGUGAUCAAAGUGAAUCUUCAGCAACAACUAAGGACUGACAGCACCGGAGCUGACAGCAGUGUGGUUGUGUCCAUACUGGAUUUGGCCCCUCUAACCGUAUUGGUCCCAGCAGAUCUGAUGGUGGAGGAUCCUGCGUUUGUGCAAUAUAUAGCUCAGGAGGCUCUGACACAAUAUAAGCAGCAAAUAAAAGGAACGAAAUGACCACCUCCACAUUUGAACCUAUUCCUUUUGAAGCUGAAUAAACUCUGGAGUCCAGUCUCUUCAUUUUGCCUAAUUUGAAGUUUAUGCGAUAAAUAAAAAACACGAAAAGCACUAAACCAAAUUGGGAAAUCUUUC